AUGCCGCUGUCUAAGUCUCUGUCGAAGAUCCACAAGAACAUCAAGGCGGCGCGGAAGGCCACGGGGAAGCCCGCCGGGGUGAUCCACCCGAACGGGCGGCGGUUCAAGCAGUUGAACCGUGCGACGCUGCGGGAGGAGAAGUUGGCUUUGAAGAAACGGUUGCAUUUCGACCGCCGCGCCUGUGAGUUGCAGCGGGUCAAGUUUAUCCAGGACUUGGUGAACUCGGAGGAGUGGUCCUCGAAGACCAGUUUCUCCCUGGAGGAGACCGUGGAGUUCAUAUCGUUGUUCAUUGCACGGGACGACGCAGAGUUGGAUGCACUUGUCGAGAAGAGACGCAAGGACAGGCCGCCCUCGAAGAGGCAGGAGUCCCUGCAGCAGAGGCGCGAGGUGGAGCAACGCGAGUUGGAGACUGGGUUUCUCGUGCCGGACCUUACCUCUGAGGCGAACGUCAAGUUCCUGAGACAAUGGGACAACGACCUCGGUGCGAUGUCCACUUUACAAACGGUGCGUGUUGAUGCGACCGCGACGCAGGUGAGCAAAUAG